GAAAUCGAUUGAUUGCCAUCUCUAUAUUUUUGCAAACGUGAAUAGUUUCUUUCAAUUUGCUGAAAAAAGUUAAAACAAUUAAUAAUUAAAGGCAGAAAAUGUAUGAACUAAAGACUCUGCUUCCUCAAUUUGACAUAACUGUCCCCAAGUGCAUGUACGAAAUGAAAAAUUUGAAUACAGCCAUCGUGGGAGACAAGACCAAUCCCAAGAAAGUGACAGAGGGCUUCUUGAAAUUCUUUGGUGCGACCACAGCGGCAACCACUGGCACUGUUAGCACGUGUUGUCCCCUUGAUUUGGAUAAAUUGGGUGCUCAGAUACAACAGAUUCUCAAGGUCUCUUGUGAUGAUGCUCAAACAGUGGUUAAACGCCAGGAAAAGGUAAUGCUUCAGUUGGAGGAACUGAAAAAGCAAUUGGCCGGAAUUCGUUCAACAUUGGGUUUGUGUCAAAAAGGCAGCCAGGCAACUAGCUAUAUAUCCUCCAACAAUGGUGGUCUCAGAGAGGAACCGUUGCAUGAUGUUGUCAUAAAUGGACAUCCAAAUUUCAUACCCUACGCUUUACUUGCCAUGAAAAAUGCCUGGAAGGAUUUGUUUACCAUUGAUGUUAAAACGUUUACCCAUUCCACCAUGAGUGACAUUGGCAAAGAGGCUAAGGCCUUUGAGGAGGCCCUAAAGAGAGUAAAGGUUGAUCCCAGCAAACCCAAAGUCAAUGUAACACUCAUAUGGAAAAACUGCGAACACACUGAAAUGAUCAGCUCACCCACCAUGUAUGUUCCCAUUUAUGGUGAAGUGAACAUCAUUCGAUAUUUGGGACGUGUUGGCCCAGCCGAGUACCGUUACGAAGAUUCUCCCCUUUGCAAUGAAAUCGAUGCAGUGCUGGACAUAUGCUAUCAACUGUUGCGUUGCAAUACUCCCAAGGCCAGAGCCAAUAUCAUUCGCAUUCUAAACAACCGCCUGCAAAAACAACAAUAUUUCGGUGGAGACAAAAUGUCCAUUGCCGAUAUUGGAGUCCACAGUUCCUUACGUCGUAUGCCUGCAAUAGCCGACAAAGAUUUAACUCCCGCAUUACUUGAAUGGCGUAAACGUGCCGCCAAGUUUACUUUGAUUUAAGAAAAAAUUCGAACACUCAAACAAACACACAAUUUAGUUUAAGAAUACAAUCACGAAGCCGAGAGAUAAGCAAAUUCAAAUUGACGAAAAUAAAUUGAAACUUACCAAGUGCCCACCUCAAGGUCCACAAGGUAAGGAAAAAACGAA